GGAUCUGCUGGUCAUGUCAAAGUAAGCAUCGUCACAGUAUAUCGUUAGCAUCUUUUUACUGCUGUGCAGCCAAGGACUUCAAGGUCGGCACUAGUUCGAUAGCUAAUAUCUGAUUGUACAUCUUGUUUCUUUUCAUGAUAGGUCCGAUUACUGCACGAUGAAAGCGGAGCAGCUCGGAUUGGACCCUAAGCAGAUCACAUCCCGCCAGAACAAAGGAUUCAACACCGAUAACAAGAAGAACUCUGAGAAAAAGAGAUCCAGGGAAGAUGAGAAGCCAGAGACAGUCGAGGACCUCAAGAACAAGGUUAUCAAGUUGUCUGGCAUCACCGCUGCAGAGAACUCAGGAAUCAAAGAGCUCAAGGAUACUCUUAGGGAGCACUUCCGUAUCGGCUAUAUUCGCUGGCCUAAGAACUCAGACGUGAUUGAAGUUCAGAUCAGGAAUGACGACUUGGAUGCUGCCAAGGUUGUUACUGAUAUGCAGGGCAAAGGAUUCGAGUUCAAUGGUAGCAAGGCCGAAAUUUCAGCCGCCUCAGAGGAGGAGGUACAGCGUUUCCUGGAUGAGAAGAAGGCCUGGGAGAGCAAUAUGGCCGCAGGCUCUUCAGGACGUGGAGGCCGUGGAGGUCGUGGCGGUCGUGGUGGUCGCGGCGGACGCGGUGGCCGUGGUAACGACCGCAAGAGGAUUCGCACUCGCGAUGAUUAGGAGUCGCGAUGAUUAGUGGCUGCCACGGGCAUGGCAUUUUGUAUCAUUUAUUGGGCCACCAAUUACCAUACUUGUUCUUAUUAAACACCAUACCAUUGUC